UGCGGGAAGAUGGCGGCAGCCGUGGGGGCCUCGGCACUCUCGGUCACCUUUGGGCGGCUGGUGUCUGCGUGCAGCCGCAGCAUCCCGAGACCUUCGGGGCCCGGAGCGGCCUCCCUUUGGUCUGUGUCUCGGAGGUUCACUUCGCAGAGCGCUUCGUUUCCACAAGGAUAUGUUCCUAAAACAUCCCUGAGUUCGCCACCUUGGCCAGAAAUUGUUCUGCCAGACCCAGUUGAAGAGACCCGACACCACAGAGAGGUCGUGGGGAAGGUGAACGAGCUGAUCGCCACAGGGCAGUACGGUAGGCUCUUUGCCGUGGUGCACUUUGCCAGCCACCAGUGGAAGGUGACUUCUGAAGACCUGAUUCUAAUUGGAAAUGAAUUGGACCUUGCGUGUGGAGAGAGGAUUCGACUGGAGAAGGUCCUGCUGGUUGGGGCGGACAACUUCACGCUACUCGGCAAGCCACUGCUUGGAAGGGAUCUUGUUCGAGUAGAAGCCACAGUCAUUGAAAAGACAGAAUCGUGGCCAAAGGUCAAUAUGAAAUUCAGGAAAAGGAAGAACUUCAGGAAGAAAAGAAUUAUUGUGACCCCACAGACCAUCCUACGGAUAAACACCAUCGAGAUUGCUCCAUGUUUGCUGUGACUGCUGAGCUUACAUUUACAGAAGUAUAAAAAUAUGCUCUGUUUCCAAGU